GGUUCCCGCUCGCGGGGAUUGAGGGACCGACCGACGGACAGGCGCCACACGACUGGCCAUGUCCUAGGCUCCAGGUCCGGCACGGGUGCGCCCAGGCCAAGUUCCUGCCCAAAGCUUUAGCAGUCUCAUCCCCACCCCCCUUGCCAGGCCAGGAUGGUGGAGGACUGCGCAGGGUAGCGGCGGCCAUGUGGAGGUGACUGACGGUCAGCGUGUGGACCCAGGGGCCCGGGAGGCACACGGAGGCCUGGGGCCAGGUGGACGUCGCGGACCCUCAGUGUGGCCGGGGUGUUGGCGAUGGAAGCGGAAGGCUUGGGUUGGCUUCUGGUCCCGCUGCACCAGCUGGUGUCCUGGGUGGCCGCUGGGGCCAUGGUCUUCGGAGGAGUGGUGCCGUACAUCCCGCAAUACAGGGACAUCCGGAGGACUCAGAACGCCGAUGGCUUCUCCACCCACGUGUGUCUGGUGUUACUGGUGGCCAAUAUUUUACGGAUACUCUUCUGGUUUGGAAGGCACUUUGAGUCCCCGCUGCUGUGGCAGAGCAUUGUCAUGAUCCUCACCAUGCUGCUGAUGCUGAAACUCUGCACAGAGGUCCGCGUGGCCAACGAGCUGAGCGUGAAGCGCCGCUCCUUUGCAGCUGCAGACAGUAAGGACGAAGAACUCAAAGCCCCCCCCAGGCGGCCCUACCUGGACUUCGAUCCUCACCACUUCUGGCACUGGAGCAGCUUCGGGGAUUAUGUGCAGUGUGUCCUGGCCUUCACGGGCGUGGCGGGCUACGUCACCUAUCUGUCCAUCGACUCGGCCCUGUUUGUGGAGACGCUGGGCUUCCUGGCCGUGCUCACCGAGGCCAUGCUGGGUGUGCCACAGCUGUACCGCAACCACCUCCACCGCUCCACGGAGGGCAUGAGCCUCAAGAUGGUGCUCAUGUGGACGAGCGGUGACACAUUCAAGACGGCCUACUUCCUGCUCAAUGGCGCUCCCCUGCAGUUCUCCGUCUGUGGCCUGUUGCAGGUGCUGGUGGACCUGGCCAUUCUGGGGCAGGCCUACGCCUUCGCCCGCCACCCCCAGAAGCCGGCACCCCAUGCAGUACACCCCACCAGUGCCAAGGCCCUCUGAGAUGAUCCAGGGGAGGACAAGAACACGUGAUUGCUGGCCUUGGGCGCUGACGGCUCACCGGUGCUCCUCCGCUGGAGAGGGAGGUCGGCCCUGCGCACACCACAGGCAAAUAGGCUGGGUGUGAGCAGAGGUGGCAUCAGGUGCCAAGUUCCCCCAUCAGCUUCCAGGUUGGGGUGGGCUCAGAAAACACAGGUCUGACCCUGAAAUAGGUUCAUGCCACUGAGGAUGGCUGUGGGCGCAGCAGUCUGCCCAGCCCCUUCCCACAAGCUAGCCUCCGGGGACUAGUCUCAAGUGAGGAGGCCUCGCUUGUCCCCCCCCAGUAGAGUGUGUGGUUCCCUAGACGGCGCACAGUCCUGGCUCUUGGUGGCCUGUCCAUCCUCACACCGCCCCACCCCCGUGUGCCACAGUUCACACCGGGUGGAGGUGGGAAUCUCUGGCCUGAAAUCCGCUCUCAGUUCAACACGAGGUCGUACCACGCUCGACAGCCCCGUGUUGGUUGACAUGGCUGGCUCCUGGGCCCAAAGUAUUCUAGAUGCUUCUGUGCAGCUUCCUCAGGCAGUAUCUUCCCUUCUGCUGGGCAGAAGGUCUCUUGUGCACAUGGCAAGCUGGCCUCGGCGGUGAGGACGGAAGCUCGGUGACAGCGUGGCUCACGGGCUGCCCGAGGAGCCACGCUGUGUCACCGCCAAGCCUCCCUCCCUCAGAGGUCUUAAGGGUGUGAGUGACGCUCUAGCUUCCUCUCUGGCCUGUAAGAUGCUUUUAAAAAUGUUUAUUUUUUAAAACAUGGAGAUGUCUGUAGUGGUCAUUACCUCCAAAGUAAAAUGCCACCGAUCGCAGGCCCAAUGGCUGAUGGAUGAA